AUUUUCACCAGAGUUUGUCAGAAAGCAAAGCAACCAUGCUUUUGAUGUUAGAAAACAAUCAUCUGCUCCAACUCAAUACAGAACAACUUUGGCCGGAAAAAGAGAGAAAACCCAACCCAAAACACAGCUGAAAGAGAGAUAUCCAUAAUCUCUUUAACAGUUUUUUUAGUUUCUUCCUUCACUUCUCUUUCUCACUUGCUUUAACAGCUAAGGUAUUUCACAAAAGAUGCAAUAGUAUAUAAAAUGGAGAUUCCUAAAUGUUUCCAAAUUAUUGUUUGAGAAGAACUUGUCAGGACUUGAGACGAACGGAGGGUGGAAGGAAAUGGGGUGCCUGCUAUCGACACCGGAUGUUGCGGGGGGAGCCAGAAGGAGGCCUAAAAAUAUUGGGGAAAUUGUAGUUUUUGUUCCUGGACUGAGAAUUCCGAGGCCGCUUGAUUUUGCUGAGCCACUUGGUGAUGGGCUAUCCAAGAGCUUGGUCGAACGUCUGUCUGCGCUCAGAACGCGUAUAGAGGUCAUGGCAGGUCAAGAAGCACCUAUGACUACUAAGCCGAGAAGAACAGCCACACAACACGGUGGCUCAACCUUGACCGAUCUGCAGCAGGCUCUCGAGGAUUAUCUGCCGGUUUUGUUGGGGCUAGUUGAAAAUGGUAUUCGGCUAAAACAUAACUUGCGGUUCUGUUGGAUAAAUCAGGAAGAUGAUGAGGAGGAAACUACCAUGUCGGAUUCUUGGUAUGAGGUACUAUCAGUGUUGCACUUGAUGGCAGUUCUAUUGUUGUCACAGGCCAAUUUAUUGCUUCUUCCAAACAAAUCUACUGCUGGCUAUCAGAAUACAUCAUUAGAAGACUGCAAACGAGCAUCCAUCGACAUUUUCUUAAAGGCAGCUGGAUAUCUGGAUUUUGCUGUGCAGAAAGUUCUUCCCCAGUUGCCCUUGGAGCUUAGGAAUGAUUUGCCAUUAGACCUGACAGAGGGAGUGCUCAAAUCCCUUUGUUUGCAAGCAUUAGGCCAGGGUGUUGAGAUUCAACUGGGAAUGGCAAUUGAUAGCAUCAAGGCCACACUGGCAGUGAAAAGGAGGCUAGCAUGUGAGAUGGUUAAAUACUGGCAUCAGGCUCAUGAGUACAUAAAGGACCUUCCACUAGCAAAUGGAUGGGGAGAAAAGCACAAGCUUUUCAUUCAGUGGAAGCACAUUGAAGCUAAGGCUAUUGCAUACUAUCUCCAUGGAUUAAUCCUCGAAGAAGGGAACACGUCUGCCAACAUGGCUGCAGCGGCUCUCCAAGCAGCAGAAGAGUAUCUCAAAGAAAGCAAAAAGGCUUGCGAAGGAUUCCAUAUGGCACUCCCUUCAUCACGUAAUCCUCCACUCUGGGGAGCCAGCAAGUAUCUUGCUGAGAAGAUUCCAAAAGAUAUACCAAGCAAAACAAUCAACUGGGAUUCACAAAAACAUGAACUGAUUAUGCAAAUAGCUCCAGCAUUGCCGGACUUUGCUUUGUCCCUAAAGCCUGAUGAAUAUCAGCUUCCUUCAAUGGACCCCUCCUGGAAAGCCUGAAAAGCCAGUAUGAGAUUUGUAUUAAUCAAAUACUGAACGAUGAUAAUAAUGACGAUGAUGCUGUAAACUAUUCGAUGC